AUGACCACAAUACCCAAUUUUCCAAAAGGUUGGACCACAGAAGUGGAAACAGCGCUAAUUGACUUUGUUGAAGGGCAUCCGGAGCUUUGGAAACUCAUGAGAUUUGCAGAAGUAACUGAUGAACAUAAGAAAGCCUUCGCCAUCAUUCAGCCGAUCCUUAACAACGAAUUUCAAAAAGAAUACACAGUGGAUAUGGUAGCACAGAAAUGGUGUGAGCUGAGUCUACUGUUCGAUGUGAAAUUCGCCAUAAAUGGUUAUACAAUGAAGCCAAGAACAAAUGUCUACUACAAGGAUGGCAGAAUCAAAGACGACCUGGCGGAAUACUGGGUGCAUUUUCCCCGAAUCGGUGCAUUCAUGGGCGAUAAGCCAGAAAUGAAGCAAGAAGUAGACGAUGAAGACGAAGAGGUUGACAUCAAGCCGGACGUUUCCAAACUGAAAUUGAAGUUCAAAAAAUAG